AUGGGACCCUUUCCCGUCUCCAAAGGGAAUCGUUACAUACUUGUGGCCAUUGACUACGUGUCUAAAUGGGUUGAGGCUCAAGCUCUUCCCACGAAUGAAGCCCGAGUAGUGUUGAAGUUCCUCAAGAAACUCUCUUCCCGUUUCGGUACACCUAAAGCUUUAAUUAGUGACCGUGGUACUCAAUUUUGCAAUGCAUUGAUGGAAAAAUUGCUUGCACACCACGGAGUCACUCAUCGUUUGUCUACCGCGUACCAUCCACAGACGAGUGGUCAAGUGGAGAACGCUAAUCGUGGUAUCAAACGUAUCUUAGAGAAAACCGUUGGUAAGAAUAGGAAAGAUUGGUCCGACAAGCUUGACGAUGCAUUGUGGGCAUUUCGAACCGCUUACAAGACGCCUUUAGGAACCACGCCAUUUAUGAUCGUCUAUGGAAAAGCUUGUCACCUUCCCCUAGAGCUAGAACACCGAACACUUUGGGCAUUAAAAACCGUUAACCUUGACAUGACCGAAGCCGCUAGGAAGCGGUUCUUUCAAAUCCAUGAGCUUGAGGAGCUUAGGGAUGCGGCUUAUGCUCGAUCGUUGGGAAUUAAGGAGAAAACGAAAGUUUCACAUGAUCGUAAGUUACGAAAGGUCAAAGAGUUUAGCAAGGGUGAUAAAGUACUUCUCUACAAUUCAAGAUUGAAGUUGUUUGCGGGGAAGUUGAAAUCGAAGUGGUCGGGACCGUAUAUGGUUCAUUAUGUGUUUCCGUACGGAGCGGUGGAGAUUAUGGAUGAAUCGGAUGGCCGAAGUUGGAAGGUGAAUGCCCACCGUUUGAAGCACUACAUUGGAGGAGCAAUAGACAAGAACGAGAUGGAGGAAACUUCUCUCGAAAUUCCAUCAAAAGCCGCCACUUAG